GAAAGCCACACAGUUCUUGACCAGUGCUCUGCUUGCGUUCAGUUUUUCUGUUUUGUUUUUUUUUCUAACGAAUGUUGGAACGCCAUCAAAUUUAAAUGAAAGCAUCUGACACUUAAAGCCAUCCAAAGCCACCUCCUUGGAGACACCCAAAUACACUUCUCAGUGUAUUCAACAUGUCGAAAUAAUUCAAAUCAAAACAGCACUCCACCGUUUUCCCCAUCGAGCACGGCAGCGAUGCAAGCUGGUCAUCAGGUAACCAUCAGCACAUCUCUCCAGAUCCCUUCCCAGCCUGAGACUGCUGUACUCAGGAACAGACACCCAAUCCUGCUGGACACCAUCCAUCCCGGGUUGGUCCAGGCCAUCAUCAAUCCAAAGCGAGGUAUGGAGGGAGCCCACCAGACUCCGCAACCCCCGGGGACCUGCAGCUCACCUGCUGGGAAAUCAUGCUGGAACUUGGAUGUGAGGGUGGCCGUGCUUCUGGUGACUCUGGCUGGAGCUGUGAUCCUGCUGCUGCUGUAUAAACUGUUACAGCUGAGACAUAGGUUGAAGUUGGCCCGGGCGAGGCACGCUCUGGAGUACUACAGCUUCUACCACACUGCCACCUACACGCUCAAACACUCUGCGUCGUGUCAGAGCUUGCCAGUGAAGAACGGGUCGGUUCCUGAAGCUACACAGCCGGUCCAAACGGUAACCCCUAGGACUACCACCGUCUUCACCCCACUUCCGCCCCCACCUGUGUCUUCUCCACCCCCACUGCCACUCCCCCCACCUCCUGUCCUGCCUCCACCACUGCUCCACUCACUACCUCCUGUCCUGCCUCCACCACCGCCCCUCACUCCACCUUCUCUCACUCCAACACCUUCUGUCCUGGCCCUCCCUCUCCCCCUGCCUGUGAUCCACACCACCCCGCCCAGCCCUCACCUGUCGUGGGGCGCCUGCUCGGACGUGGAAGUUUACUCUCGGAUUGGAGCUUUUAGGCCCUCCAGGCACUCCAGCCUCUCCAACCAAUCAAAAGUCAUCCUUUUUGAGCACUCGUCUCUCUGAACUCUUAUUGGAGAUGUUGACGGAAGACUGUUGCCAAAAACAAGCACCUCUGCUUCGAGUACUGUACACUGUAUGUCCUAGUAUACAGUGUAAAUGAGAGGUGCAGACAAGUAUUUGAAGUUCAAAUACUUUCAGUGCUCUCCAAAAGUUCAAAAACUGACGUUUGAGUUUUGUGGGGCACUGAAUUGAUUCACCUACUAUCCGUAGCAGACUUUGUGCCAACCUCUGCGGGAAAAUUGCAUUUUGGAGCAAAACAUCUCAACUAUAAUUAUGUUUUGUUCCACUGGAGAGUGGUUUGUCUCUCUCUUCUUUUUUAACAGGUAUUUUUUCAGCAUUUCUGCUUCAUUUGACAGUGACAGCUUGAGAGAGACAGGAAGAGCAGAGGAGACAAAGCGGAUGACAUGCAGCAAAGGGCCUGGACUGCAAUUGAACCCUGGGCGCUGCUGUAAAGACUCAGUCUUGACACAUGGUCUUGUGCAUUAUUAUGCAAGCUAUUGGGGCGCCAGUGGCUUUGUUUCCUAAUUCAGACAGGUGGAAGGACAGUGGAGAGUUCUUUCUUUUUUUACCCCUGAAGACUUUUACAACCUCACGUCUGUUCUGAAACUUGUUUUGGACAUAAAUGAGAACAUUUAACUUCAAGAAAGACUUGUGUGCUGAUCAUUCAGAGCCUCACAUUCCCCAGGAUCGUCUUCGGCGCUUUAUUUUCUGAGUGUAUAUUGUAAAUAGUAACUUUUGGUGUUGAAAUCUUUGCAUACACUGUAAACACGACAAAGCUGAGGUAGACUUAUUAAGGCAUAAGUCUGUAAUGACCUAUUUGAUUGCAGACAAUUUUAGUUUUGGCUUUCAGUUCAUCCGGCUAAGAAUUUUCAUUUUGUUUACUUGUGUUACACCAACAGUAACAGUACCUUAUACUCUUACAUUGCUACAGUGGCAAACUUGCUGAGUCAAUUUAAUUUAACUUAACUUAAGCUAGACAGACUUUUAAAUUCACCAACAAGCAACUGAUUAGUUACUUUGACAGGAGUUUCUAAUUAGGCAACAUUUCCAGAGGCUUUUGUCGAAGACCGAUUUAUUAGUGCAAGAGCUAGUUGUCUUUAGGUGCGUCCGUACUAAAUAAACAGCUAAAUAAUGCAUUGUAGAGAGCUAUGAUGCAAUUAUUAAUUAGAUAAGUUAAGUUCUAGCAUGGGGUGUUAAAGUGCAGGCUAAAAAAGUAGUUCUCAGCCAGCAAUGACUUUGCUGCCCUGACUUCAUUGGGGAGUUCUUUCCACCCCUGUGGGACUAAAACAAAGAACAGGGUUCGACCAUGGAGCAGUUCCUUUCACGAGCUGUAGCGGUGUGGCUCACACUGUGGCAUUGUCAAGGAAGGAGCUGCAGUAGUCCAGGCAGGAAAUGACAAGCAUCUGCAGGAUCACUUGGACUGAUUCCAUUGGGAGGGUAAUGUCAAGGCUGAUCCCUCAUGUGUUGCACCACCUAAUACAGUGAUCAAAAUUUAGGAUAUCUGGAUAUUUUUCACUUUCUGGUGGAGAUUUUAAUGAGAAGAGAUGAGAUGAGAAGGCACUAAGUAGUCUCCAAGCAGUCAGCGAAGACUCCAGGAAUUUGUACCGGACUAUUUCUUGACAACACAUUCUCACUACGACCUCGUCACAUAUCGGUGUUUGGUCAUGGACUUUCCA